AUGCAGCACGUCCCAGAGUCCCGCCAGCAGACCUUCGAGGAGAUCUACGGACCACCGGAGAACUUCCUUGAGAUCGAGGUCCGCAAUCCCCAAACCCAUGGCACAUCUCGGAACAUGUACACUUCGUACGAAAUCGUCUGCCGGACCAACAUACCCGCGUUCAAGCUGAAGCACUCGGUCGUGCGCCGCCGCUACUCCGACUUUGAGUACUUCCGCGAUAUCCUCGAGCGCGAGAGCACGCGGGUUACUAUUCCCCCGCUGCCCGGCAAGGUAUUCACGAACCGGUUCAGUGACGACGUCAUUGAGCACCGCCGUGAGGGGCUUCAGCGGUUCCUGCAGAUUGUGGCGGGACACCCGCUUUUGCAGACGGGGAGCAAGGUGUUGGCUAGUUUCAUACAGGAUCCGAACUGGGACCGCAAUGCGUGGUAG